AUGAAAUAUGAGAAAAAAAAUUGGAACAAUGAUAAGGGGAAAAAAAGAAGUGAGAAAUUUCCGAACGAUGGCAGCUACGGCAGGGGGAGAGGCAGGAGGUAUGGAAAACAUGACGAGGGAGGAGGAGAGGGCCGGUUUAACAACAUGUUGUAUCCCCAUGAAAUGCGGCGUGAUGAACCCAUGCACAGGGACAUGCGGCAGGGCGACGAGUUCAGUUCGGAAAUGCCCACUUACACAUCCGCUUCUUCCAAUUUUAAGAGAAGCAAUAAUAAUUAUGAUGUGAAAAAUGAAACGCUAGAUCAGUGGGGCCAUGUAAAUAGCCAGUACAUGGCACCCCCAUAUAAAAAGGGGGCGAUGAAUCAAAAGGCGAACGUCCGAGGUGGUAGGAAAAAUAAUCAUUCCCGUUAUCGCAAUAACUACGUAGGAUAUGAUGGCGAAAGGGGGUCUAAAUUUAGUGCGUACGAAAGUGGCACUCACAACGUAAAUGACAACAUUCAGGAGAAUGGCCCACCUAAUGAAGACAAUUUCGACUACGCAGGUGAUUUUUACAACAGUGAUGAGUACUAUGCGGAAGACGGCCACCAUAGGGGGGAUCACUACGGGGAUGGAGACAAUUACCACGGCGAUCGAGACGACUAUUACGAUAAUCGCGACGACCAGCACAGGCCGUACAACGAUAGCUACAACAGGAACUACAAGCACGGCAGCAGUAACCACCCCUACAGUAAAGAUGGAUCCAUGCGGCGUUCCCGCAAAAACAACCAUGCGUUUGAGGACAGCCCAGACGAUAACUACGCUGACAGUUACGAUGAAAAAUAUGGCACCAAUUUCGGAGACCACAGUAGUAACCCCCGUGGGGACUCCAGAAAGGCCAACAUAAAUGAGGAGCUGAGCAACCUCCAUAGGAAUCUGCACAAUUUACUUUUCUCCCCUGCAAAAGCGGAGGGGGAGAACCCCCCUAGCGAAACGAACACCACAUCGAAAAGCAAAGACUGUAACGAAAGCGUGUUGAACCAGUUGUCCAUUCUGAGGAACAUUCCUUUUAAUGUGAAGCAGUCGGACGGGGAAGGCGACAAAGACGAUGUGCCUACUAAGGACCAGGUCGAUGCCGGGGUAAGCGACCAACGUAGCCUUUCCCCGGAGCAGAAAAAAAGCAGCCAGAGCAGCAAGACAGCCAUGAUACUGGACGACUUGAAGAAAUGUCUCUACGGAAGUAACAGCAAAGAAUUGCAAACGGACAGGGGGUACCAGUCAAACAGUUACCUAGCUAAUGACGAUAACCAUUUUAAUGUCACCAGUGGUAAAGGUUAUAAAACGGUUGGGGAGGGUGAGAUCAGAAGGCGGAAUAGCAGCAACAGUAGUGGAAUGCAGAAUAUUCCAUUUUCCCCGCAAGGAAAUGCAGAACAGAUGAAGAAGGGUAAGGAGGAGGAUGAUAUUACCAGUAGGCGUUACCGAAACGACGCUAAUUAUUACAACACCGAUGACGUGGACGUCGAGUCGUCCAUAUCAAGCGACGACCACGUCGUCAUGGAUGUGUAUAAGAACGAAGUGCAUGAGGACCACAUGAUAACUUCCAGUGGAAAUAUAUUUCCCAAAGGUCAAAUAGCCGAAUCGUUGCGGGUGUUAAAUACGUUACAAGUAGACAUUGAGAGAGUCUGCUGUUAUAUUAAGCAUUUCAUAGAUCCUCCGGAACAGCUGUUCCAGGUCAUGACGGAUGUUUUCGUAGACAAGUCUGUUUCGGUAAAUUCGAAAAUUGCCAUUUUUUAUGUGUAUAAUCAUUUAAUACAAGAAUUGAGAAACAAUUUAAAAAACGAUUUGAUAAAAUAUUAUUCCAUCGCGGAAAGGGGGUUACAAAUUUUUGUCGUCCCAGUAUUGAGGUGUGUACUACACGAACAAGUCAACGUAGAGAUGGUUAACAAAUUUUACCGAUGUGUAGCCAUAUGGAAUGAAAGAAAUGUGUAUAGCAAAAUAGUAUGUGAACAGCUAAAAUUGCUUCAGAAAAAUCCACAAAAAAAAAUUGAUUUUACGGUGAAAAAUGUAGCUAGCCAAGCUCAUAGUUUGCUAUCAAAUGAACUAUCCAAAUUUGUACCCAUAAAUUUUAUUUUAAAAAUGCCAAGUGUGAAUAAUGAAAAUAGGAAAGCGCUCCAAGAUAAAACCCUCAGUGCGCUUUUUCAGAAUAUUUCCAAGGAUACUCUCAAGGGGUACAAUGAGGCAGACGUCGAGGAAGCUUCCAAAAUGUCAGAUAAGGUUAUGCGCAUGUAUGGGCAGGAAUUAAUUUUACUAAAUUCUCAAAUUUUGGAGUUAUCCUCCUUGAUUUGUGAUAAUAAUGACCAUUUGGUGAAGCUGCAGAAUGCGCUGGAAAAUCUGCGGGAUUGA